CUUCACCAUGCAAGGUGUUCUCGGCUUGUGGAGAGGCUUCUCACCAAUGCCAAAGAACAGUGCCAGGCGCAAUGCUCCGGGCCCUGCUGCUGCAGGGAAGAACGUUGAGGCGGCAUUCACAGCUGCAGUGACGGAGUUGAACACCAAAGCUGGCCGAACAGCAUCGACCAUAACUGCAACUACACAGCAGCCUCAACAAAGGCAACUAGCGCUGGCGACGAUUGGUUGGGAUCUGAGUGAUCAGCAACUGGAGCAACAGCUACAGGGGUUCGAGAAUACGGGCGAGCACCCCAAGGCUGCAGCAUGGGCAAUGUAUUUUGGCAAGAUCGAUAGGACUAUCAAAGUCCUUUCCAAAGGCGACCAAAAGCUGAAGCUUAUGUCCACUGCUGUCGCUGGAUAUAUGCAAUCUCCUGGAAAUACUGGUUCCUCUGCGUGGAGAGACCUGUGCCAGAGUUUGAGUCAAGAGCUUGACGAUGCCUAUCUUCGAGCCAUCUUUGCUUAUAUCUGUACUGGAGAUUGGAGUUUAGUUUUGAGGGAAGAAGGUCUCCCCUUACGAGACCGCGUGGGAAUUGCGCUCCGCUUCUUGGAUGAUCGUAGGUUGGAUCAUUAUCUGGAUGAUGUAACGCAGGACCUCAUCAAAGUAGGGGACCUAAGCGGGCUUUGCUUGACAGGUCUGACUGCGUCUUGCCUCGAUCUUUUACAGGCGUACGUGGACAAGACCGGUGAUGUGCAGACUGCCGCAAUGAUUGUGUCUUAUGGUUCUCCGCGGUUCUUUGAAGACAAACGUGCGUCCAUCUGGAUACAAACAUACCGGUACCUACUAAACGAAUGGAGAGAAUGGCAUGCACGAGCAAAGUUCGACAUCGCCCACGGCGAGCUGUCCCGCAAUAGCUCCGGGUCGAUGACGCUCAAGAAUGGGCAGCGACAGGUUUACGUUCGCUGUCAAUACUGCCAACAAAGUGUCGCGCAUAAUCUUGUCAUCCCAGGAGCGAGAGGUGCCGAUGGACGACGAAUCACGGUAAAUCAAACGGCAAUGGCUGGUGCGAGUGCGGCAUCACAACAGAAGACAUUCUGCCCUUCGUGUCGGAAACCUCUGCCUCGAUGUGCUGUAUGCCUCUUGGCUUUAGGAACACCAGCAGACGUCAGCAAGGGAUCACAUUCGGCGUCGCGGAAUGAGGUUGCGUUUGACGAAUGGUUCACGUUUUGCCUCACUUGCAAUCAUGGCACUCAUGCAAUUCAUAGUAAGCAGUGGUUCGCGACGCAUAAUGUGUGUCCUGUACCUGAUUGCAACUGUGAAUGUUCUUCGUUAUGAGUGUGCUCCUUGGGGAGGGUAUGACGCUGGUCAUUUUUGAUAUCCAUUGGAGCUUUUCCGUAGCUGAUGCAAUGAAGGACACACCCAUCCUGUCUACACUCUAUCCAAUACCAUUAAGGCUUACAC